GGUAUCAGUUCGACACUGCACCCAGUCACAUCAACAUGAAGGCCUUCAUCGUCGCUGCUCUGGCCCUGGUGGCUGCUGCCGACCGGCCCCAGUCUUCCUACAGGCCACGUCCUGCCUACUCUGCCCCCACCUACUCUGCCCCCACCUACGCCCCUCCUGAACCCCCCACCUACUCUGCCCCGACCUACGCUGCCCCGACCUACACCGCCCAGCCCAGCUACAAGCCCAUCGCUAUCCUUGAGGAGAAGAACAUCCACCCCGGAGAUGGCUCCUACAACUUCCACUUCAGCACCGAGAACGGCAUCUACAGGUCUGAGAGCGGCGUGCCUCUGCCCGGCUACGGCAAGAACGCCUACGGACAGCCGGAGGGCAGCUACCGCCAGGAGGGCUCCUGGAGCUACACCGACGGAUACGGCAAUCCCAUCAAGGUGACCUUUGUCGCCGACAAGAACGGCUACCAGCCGUCCAGCGACAUCCUGCCGACGCCGGUGCCCACCCAGUACCCGACCCCUGCUGUUGGUCCCGCCUACGUCGAGCCCCAGUCCGCCUACCAGCCCGCCUACAUCGAGCCCCAGCCCGCCUACCAGCCUGCCUACGUCGAGCCCCAGGCCGCUUACGUCGAGCCCCAAGCCGCCUACGUCGAGCCCCAGGCGGCUUACCAGCCGGGUUACAACUGAACGUUUCCAUGGAUGUGUUAGCAAUAAACCUGCAGUGAUGUUUAUACACUAGGCACCGUGUACAAGUUCAUCCUUGUGAUUUUUGUAAUAAAUUUGUAUAUUGUG